AUGAAUAGAUGCUACAAUUCCCUCGGACAACCCUAUCGUUGCCGGUCCACAUGGAACAGCUGGGGAAGAUGGCUUGCGCUUGGUCUCAUUGUGUUUGGCGCAUUUCUGCUCUUCUUCUUUUGCUUUAGCGCACGAAAAAGGCGCCGUGCGGGCCGGCAGCCCUUUUAUGGGACAGGUUGGGCUGGAAACACACCAUUCGGCCAUGGGCAGGCGCAAUACAACCCAAACUACCAAACACAACAAGCACCACCGCCACCAACAUACAACCAGACUCAAAACUAUGGUGGUUACUAUGGAGGGGGAGAAAAUCAAGGCUACUUUGGUGGCAAUCGACAGGCCGAUGUCGAAAUGACUUCACCUCAAAAUGCUCACACCACUCGAGGAGGUGAUAACGUUUACACACCACCCCCUGGACCUCCUCCCAACAAGGUCUAG